AUGGGCGGCGUGUGGGAACGCCAAAUCAGAAAUGUGCGCAACAUCCUGAACAACAUUCUGGAUGAAUCGGGUAUACAACUCACAACAUCAUCACUGCGCACAUUCUUGUAUGAAGCCAUGGCAGUCAUCAACAGCAGACCGCUGACUGUUGAAAAUCUGGGAAGUCCAGAUGGACCAACACCACUAACUCCAAAUAAUCUACUCAAGAUGAAAUCCAGAGUCGUAAUGCCUUCCCCAGGGAAGCUCGUGAAAGAAGAUCUCUACCUGCGGAAAAGGUGGAGAUGGGUGCAACACUUAACCAACCUGUUCUGGACACGUUGGAGAAAGGAGUACUUGCACGCACUGCAGACUCGAUCAACUUGGCAAAGACCACAGCGAAAUGUGGAAGUAGGUGACAUUGUCAUCCUAGCAGACGAUGGAGUGAGGUCAAACUGGAGAACUGCCAGGAUCGUGGAAGCGUUCAGGAGCGAAGACGGUCUUGUCCGCAAGGCUAAGCUCUUAAUGUCUACAUCCGAAAUGGACAAACGUGGUCGACCUCUCGGUAAACGAACCAUCCUGGAGAGACCAUUCAUAAGCUGGUAG